GGAGGCGGGAUCCCUGCGCUGCGUUGGCUGCGGCCUGGCACCAAAGGGGCGGCCCCGGUGGAGAGAAGACCCAGUGGCCCUGGCGAUUAUGGACCCGGCCGAGGCGGUGCUGCAGGAGAAAGCGCUCAAGUUUAUGUGCUCUAUGCCCAGGUCUCUGUGGCUGGGCUGCUCCAGCCUGGCGGACAGCAUGCCUUCGCUGCGAUGCCUGUAUAACCCAGGGACUGGCGCACUCACAGCUUUCCAGAAUUCCUCAGAGAGAGAAGACUGUAAUAAUGGUGAACCCCCUAGGAAGAUAAUACCAGAGAAGAAUUCACUUAGACAGAAGUAAAGGCCACUAUCGAUGAUUUCUUUGAAAAUUUUUUUGUUCACUGCUGUGUCCCUACCUCCAAAAG